UAACUCUCAUAAUCCUGAAAUCCUAGUGUAUGCAUUAUUGGAUACGCAAAGCAGCCACACGUUUGUUGAUCAGGAAGUAUGCGAGCGGCUGCAGGUGGUAGCUGAACCAGUGAAGCUUAAGCUUUCCACCAUGAUGGGAAAAGACUCAAUUGUCAAGAGGCAGAGAGUUAGUGGACUGAGAGUUAGAUCAUACUCUUCAGAUGAUCUCAUAGAUCUGCCUCCCUCCUACACAAGAGAUUUCAUUCCACUUGAACGAGCACAUAUUCCCACAUGCAAAACAGCUAAAAGGUGGAAGCACCUCAGCACCAUUGCUCACGAAAUCCCUCUCACUGAUGGACUGUAAAGUAGGACUUCUGAUAGGCUAUGAUUGCUCCAGAGCCCURGCACCUCGAAAGGUCAUCACAGGAGGAGAUACAGAGCCCUAUGGCAUCAAGACUGACCUAGGCUGGAGCAUAGUAGGAACCGCUCCAUAGCGUAUUAAUGCCAAGUAAGUAACUGGUCUUUGUCAUCGUARAUCUGUCAAAGAGGUCCCACCUGUGACACCCUCAGCAGUCAUCAGAGCUCUCGAAACAGACUUCGCUGACACCACACCAAAACAAAAAGCAUAUCCCAGGAGGAUAUUCAAUUCCUGGAAAUCUUAAAGGGCACCAUACAUCAAAACGAGUAUGGCCACAUGGAGAUYCCUCUUCCCUUCAAAUCACGUCCAGCUCUACCAGAUAACAAAAGGCUUGCCUUGGUGCMAUUGAGACAUCUGAAAAGAAAACUAGACAAAAAUCCUACAUUUAAAGAGGACUAUGUAAAGUUUAUGGACAGCGUACUCAGGGAUGGAGAAGCAGAGAAAGCAAAUGAAGAACCAGAA